GCUUUUUAGUUACACAUUUUGGGUAAUUUUGCAGCGUUGACAGUUGCAAAUCCUUAGGUUCCAACUUUUCCCCUCCUUUCCCCCACCCCCCUCCCGCCGGUGGCCCGGGGGACCGAAGCUGCAGGGCGGGCAGGCCUCCCGGCUGCUGGGCCCGGUGGGAGGGCUGCUCCCCUCUGCCAUGGGCCGCCCAGACACCCCCAGGCCCGUCAGUCUUUUCGCACCAUAUUCCCGGUCGGGCGGCGGCUCUGACCUCGCUGGGUCCCGCCGGCAGUGGGUACAGUCUGCGGCAGUGAAAGGGAUUAUGGGUUACGGGAACCGGGCCCCUCCCUGUCUUCCGCAGAAUGAAGGCGGGCGGGAGCGAUGGCUAGAUGGGGGAGGAGUCAUUAAGUGCCUACUAUGUGCCGGGCACUGUGCCAACACUUUUAUCUUCUCCGUAACUCUGACAAGUAGGAUUGGCCCCGUGUAACAGAUGAGGAAACUGAGGCAAGGGGAAUGGCCUGCUCCGGGUCAUCCAGAUGGCGUUUCCGCUUCCGGGCCCUAGUGCCCUCCCGAGGGUUCAGCCCUUUCUCUCUCCAGGCCCUGCGCUUUGGACACUAGUCCCCCUAGUGGGGGAGGGGACUGCGCAGUGCCCCCUAGUGGUCACAUUCGGAAUUGAUGCUUCCUGCCUCCAGGCCCCACGCCCCUGCACUGCGACACCUCCUCAUGACCUAAUGGGAAUCGUCUCCCUCACAGCCCUUCCCGGCCCCAGUGAGUAAAGGACCCAGCGACCUGCCCCCACCUCUUGCUCCAGACUCCAGGCCUUUGCCAGGGCCGUCCCCCAGGCUCGUCACCUUCCCCUCCUGACUUCUCCUUUCUCUUAAGGGCCAGUCCCUCCCAUGUGCUGAUUGCGUCCUAUUUAUCCCGUCUCCGCUUGUUUGGGACAGUUAUUUGCAUGUUCUUUCUCCUCCCCAUUAGAUUGUGAGCUCCUCGAGUCCACGUACACAGGAGAUGCUUAAUCUAUGCCUCCGCAGGACUCCAGGGACUCAGUUUCCCUUGCGCUGCUCGCCCAUUCUUCACACGCGUACUAUGGGGCUCAGAGAGAGCAUGCGCACUCCGGGUCCGGGGGAUUCCCCCGCCUUUCUGCGUGUGCGGCAUAUGGACUACGUUUCCCAAAAGCCUUUUUACGCGUCACCAUCACUCCCUCAAAGGCGGCGGAGUGACGCAACUUCCGGUUCCGACCUCUCGCCGCGUCCUGGACGCGCGCGCUCGUGACCGUCUCGGCUUCUUCCUCUGCCGCCUCAGUUGGGGUCCGAGCCCGUGUUCCAGGUCUCGGGCGCCCGCCGUGAUUCCCCAGGCUGCCUUGCGCCCCCUUCGUGCCCCCAGAAGGCAGCAGGCUUAGUGACGUGGACCUGGCAGGAGGGGAGGAGGAUGGCGCCUGUGCUCCUGAUGCCCGGCAGCUGCCAGGGCUCUGUGACCUUCCAGGACGUGGCUGUGGACUUCACCCCCGAGGAGUGGGGGCACCUGGCCCCCGCCCAGAAGAGGCUCUACCGCGAGGUGAUGCUGGAGAACUACGGGCACCUGGUCUGCCUGGGACUCGCAGUGUCCAGUCCCGACGUGAUUGGCCAGCUGGAGCGAGGGGACGCCCCAUGGAUGGCAGCCAGAGACCUUCAGAGAAGGAGCUGCCCCGAUGGCAACCCCAGGAGUGAAACUGAGUCAGCUCCAAAACUGGGUCUUUCUGUGGAAGAAGCCUCCUUCGAAAGGCUCACGAAGGAUGGUCCCUAUAUCUCUAGUUUCAGAAAAGCUGGCAUGUGCAAUUCUAGAUUAGAGGGGCAGCAGGGCAAUAAAGAACAGAACCUUCAGAGACAUGAUACCCACAGGAAGAGCUUCAGGCUCCAGCCGGGCCGAAGAAGGUAUCACCGAAUUUGCUUAAAGAAGAUAUUUUCCAAGUAUAACGAGUGUGGGAAACCCUUUGAUUAUAAUUCAAGUCUUAUCGACUAUCAGCUAAUCCAUGCCGCAGAGAAACCUUUCGAAUGUAAUGAAUGUGGCAAAGGUUUUCGCUGGAGCACAGAACUUACCGUUCAUCAGAGGAUUCAUACCGGAGAAAAACCUUAUGAAUGUAACGACUGUGGAAAGACCUUCCGUCAGAGCUCUCAGUUGACUAUCCAUAAGAGAAUUCACACUGGCGAGAAGCCUUACAAGUGUUAUGAGUGCGGGAAGGCCUUUCACCAGAGCGCAGGACUGAUGCAGCAUCAGGCAAUUCAUUCUGGAGAGAAACCUUUUGAAUGUAACGAGUGUGGGAAAACCUUCCGCCGGAGUUCACAGCUUACAGGACAUCAGAGGAUUCAUACUGGGGAGAAGCCGUAUAAGUGUAGUGAAUGUGGGAAAGACUUCCGGCAGAGUUCGCAGCUUACCAUACACAAGAGGAUUCACACUGGCGAGAAGCCUUACGAGUGUCACGGAUGUGGGAAGGCCUUCCACCAGAGCGCAGGACUGAUGCAACAUCAGAAAAUCCACACUGGAGAGAAGCCUUAUGGGUGUAGUGAAUGUGGGAAGGCCUUCCAUCAGAGCUCACAGCUCACCGUCCAUCAGAGAAUCCACACUGGAGAGAAGCCGUAUGUGUGUAAGGAGUGUGGGAAGGCCUUCCACUGGAGCUCCCGGCUCACCCAGCACCAGAGAAUCCACACUGGGGAGAAGCCGUAUGAAUGUAAUGACUGUGGGAAAGCCUUCCGCCAGAGCUCCCAGCUCCUCGUGCACCAGAGGAUCCACACGGGAGAGAAGCCUUACAAGUGUAAAGAGUGUGGGAAGGCCUUUCAUCGAAGCACGGGGCUCACCCAGCAUCAGAAAAGUCACACUGGAGAGAAGCCCUAUGAAUGUCACGAAUGCGGGAAGACUUUCCUGCAGAAAUCUUGGCUUACUGUCCAUCAGAGAAUCCACACCGGAGAGAAGCCUUUCGGGUGUAAGGAGUGUGGGAAGGCCUUCCGCCGCAGCUCACAGCUGACUCAGCAUCAGAUAAUUCACACCAGAGAGAAACCUUUUGAAUGUCGUGAGUGUGGGAAGACUUUCCAUCAGACUUCCCAGCUUAUUCGACACCAGAUAAUUCACACUGGAGAGAAGCCCUUCAUCUGUAACCAGUGUGGGAAGGCCUUCCGCCAGAGUAAACACCUUACUCGGCACGAGAUAAUUCACACCGGAGAGAAGCCUUAUGAAUGUGGUGAGUGCGGGAAGGCCUUCCGCCGGAGCAUAGAGCUCACCCGACACCAGACGAUUCACAGUGGAGGGAAGCCCUUUGAAUGCAGUGAGUGUGGGAAGGCCUUCCGCCUGAGAACGAGACUCACUGAGCACGUGAGGAUUCACACUGAGGAGAAGCCUUAUGAAUGUAGUGAGUGUGGGAAGGCCUUCCGCCAGAGUGCGGGGCUCAUCCAGCACCAGAGGAUUCACACCGGGGAGAAGCCAUACGGGUGCAGCGUGUGUGGGAAGGCCUUCCGCCAGAGCUCGCAGCUCAUCCGGCACCAGAGAAUCCACACCGGGGGGAAGCCUUACGGAUGCAGCGCCUGUGAGAACGCCCUCUGCCUGAGCAAACCCCUUGCCACGCAGUACAUCACCCAGGGGGGGAGAAGCCUUAGCAAGGUGAAAGCCUUCUGAAUGUAACGAAGAGAUUUCAGCCAGAGUUCCCCUACACUUUGUCAUAGAGAACUUAUACCAAAGGAAACCUUACAGACGGAGCAAGUCCCUGUCACGGUUCUCCCAGGGGCCACUCCCACAUUUUCUUCCUUCCUCCAGUUCCAAGCCAUCCAUGUCCUCUAGCGUCUACCCUGACAGCAGGCAACUUUGCCGCGCUUUCUCCCCCAAACAAAGUCUGUCCAAAUUGAACUGGUUUCUUCAAUUCCAUAUCUGUACAGUUCUUUUUGAAUGUCUGUUGCUUUCUUUUCUGCCUUUUAUGACAGAAAGUCACAAAAUCACCUAAGUAAAGACAUUGUCCUGGUCAUCUUGUCCAGUCUAUAUGUUUAAAAAAAACCUUAGCUAGAACAUAUAAAACAAGAUGAAAAUGCUUUCUCUAUUAGAGAGUCUCAGAGGACCUCAGUGACUUCUAGUUCAAUCUGUAUCCAAGAACACCCUCUACAACAAACUUAAGUGGCAAUUCAUGGUUUGCUGGGAGACCCCCACAAAGCAGAGUAGGAAUCAUUUUCUCAUGCUUUACUCCAUUCCUGUACAACUUCAUCUUAUUACUCUGGGUUCUGUCCUUUGGGACCAAACAGAAAAGAGUCCAUGUUAUGGUCUUUCCAAAUACAUGACUAUUUAUCAUGUUCCCUAAUUGCUGAAAUACCUAAUGAUAUUGAUCCCAUUUCCCUUUCUCUUAAUCCAGUAUCCAGGGCUUGCCUGUUCUCCGCAAAGCUCUCCAGCUUAUUGGCAUCCUUACACUGAUUCCCUACUACUUAGUUCUUGAGAAGGUGUCUGCCAAGGGCAGAGUCCAGUGCCAGACUAUCAUCAGAUGCCUCUUCUAGUCUCUCCACUGAUCAAAUGAAUAAAAAAUCCAAUCCUUGAUACUCCAGCCUAACACUGAGCCAUCUCUUUUCUUGUAUCUCAUGGAGUCCUCUUUAAAAUCCUAGUAUUAGCAUUCUCACUUGGUGGAUGAGGAAACCAAGGCUUAGAGAAGCUAUGACUUGUCCGUGGCAAGAAAAUUACUGUUGUCUUCAGUAUCUCACCACCUGCCACUAUCUCAAUGUUUUGUAUUCUCCUUCCUUUCCCAACCACUUUGAUCUCUCAAAGUUCAUUAGAGAAUCUCUAUUUCUCUCUUCAAUCCAAAUCUUCCUUUGCCUUUAGGAGAUAUUUCAUAUUGAUGGCCACCAUUUUCUUUUUGAUAAUCUCUUCUCAUCAUCAGAGGCAAGAAGCUUCGCUUAGCCCUCUUAGCUAAAUAAUAUAGAUAAAGAGCCUGGCUUGUAAAAUCCCUUUCUAACAAACCUGUAAGUUAGGUGGACAAGUAUCCUGAUUUGAGAGGGAGAGAAGGGAAGCAUUGAAGGCAUUGCCUGUGAUCCAGCAGCUGGUUGGUGCUAAUGUGGAGUUCAGAUCUCUCGGCCUGGUAUUCUUUUCACUGUUCCUCCUUUAUCUCUAUAAUCUCCUUUUUGGGGUCCUUGAUUUUAUCUUUCCUUCUUUAAUCUCCUUUUCUGGGUCCUUGAUCUUUCCCCAAAUCCUAGAAGGAAAGCCGGGUGCUCUCCAAAGUCCUGGCUUUGAUUGUUUUUUCUUUUUCUAAUCAUCUCGGGGUCGGUGGACCUAAGACCAAAUUGCCCUUUUCCACUUAAUAGCUGUGACCUUGGACCAGUCACUUUCAGACCUCUACAUUUGUGAUCUGAGUCUGGUCUCUGCAUCCAGCCCUGACCUUGCUCUGGGUGUCAUUUCUGCCAGAAGGACUGUGAUUCUCCAGUGUCAUUUUUUGCUGAGCACUUUUCCUGAGGGUUUGAAAAGCUACAUUUGGUUAGGAGACUUGCAUUCAGUCUAAUUCCUGCUCUGCCUUUACCAGGUACUUGGCAAUGUUGUUUGCCCUUUCCUUGGGAUGCUCUCACUCCUUGCCUUCAGAAACGCACGUGCCUGUUGAAGAUGUGUUGCAAUGAGGCGUAUUUCAGCCAAUUAGAGUUGACCCAAAGGGAAUGGGUUCUUGUGUGACGUGGAGGCAGCACUGAACCCCCAAGUUGGCUGCAGGAGCACUUGCCAGAGCCCUGUAAAGGCAAUCCAGGGGCACGGGGACCAGCCCGGAGGCUGCCAAGCCUCCUUCAGCCUGUGUGAUAAAGCUCUAAGAAACUUAACUUUCUGCUGGGAAAUACAACCUGGCCGCAGAGAAGCAAAUAUGAGAUCUCAUGUUGGGGCUGGGGGGGGGCACUCCCAACUGGGAAAGAAAGACCACAUACGGGAAGAAGGGGCGCUUGUGCUGAGGCUUGGAGGGAGCCAGAGGAUCAAGGGACAGAUCAGGAGGGGAGCAGGGGCUGAACUGGGGAGGGGGGAAGGAGUCGUGGCAUCCACUAGAAAAGGAGAGGAAGAGGAGCAGGCAUUUUGUCCAUCGGGGAGAGGAGCCACUGAAGUUUUGCUGGUGAGUGACAGGAUCAAUCAGCGGAUCAGGAGGGCAGAACAACAGGAGCAUCUGAUGACGGAGGGAUUGCAAACUAAUGGUGAUAGGUGACGGCACUCACAAAAGUGACGAGAGACAGAAUGAAGGGGCCGUGUCCACGCCAACCGCAAAUGUGCAAACAAUAACCACAAAAUCCAAAAGAAUCCCAGAAAAAUAAAGAGCAAGUGUUUGUUCCAACUGUUAAAUUUGGUGCACUCAAAAUAAGCCAACCUGUACACAGAAGUACAGUGGACGUGGUGUGUAUCAGUGUUUUGGUUGAUUGUUUAAGUUUAGAAUAAAGAAAUAACACUUUCCAGUUAACUGUAAUUAAUAAAAUUCACUCUGACGCCUUGUUUUCCACUUAACGUUAGAAGUAAUGAUUGUUGUCCAGACCUUGGUGUAGAGACCUCCAAAUUGUUUCUGAUGUGCCCAUAAUUUCAUCCCUAGCCUCACAGCAUGGACACUGCAUGAGGAUUCUGAAGUACGCCGGGCACCUCUGUGGGGCUGCCCCCAAACCAGCAGCCUCCUAAAGAGCAUCGAGUGUCCCUAUUGGGCAUUUGUGGGAUGGAGGACCCCAUAAGUGCUUAUUUUCCCAUUCAUUUUGACACAUGGAGUCCUGGCCCCUUCCUGUGAUCUCUCUGAAGAUCUGGUCUCAGGAAGGAGAAGAGGGCACUCACAAAGCAGAUUGGCCUGGAGGGAUUUGAAGAAAGGAAAAAUUAGCAGGACAAAUAGGAAGAGGCCAAUUUGGGGCACUCUAGGAACAACUUCCUAACAAUAAAAGCUAUCCCAGAGUGAAGGGGGUGCUUUCAGAGGAACUGGGGCUGGGGUAGAUUUAGGUGCACGAGCUCAGUCCUGAAGACAGUGCUUUUACACCGCCCUAAUUAGCCCACAUCUUAAGCCACACAAAGGUCUUCCAAACCUUUUCAUCCCUCAAACAGACCCCAGUUCACCUCUCAACUGAGAACCGUUUCUCCUGUAUCUCACUGAAGAAAUCUUGGGCUAUUUGCCAACCUUCCUUCCCCAUCACCAAGAUGCUGUCUACCACCACCACCUCCCCAGUGACACAUGAGAGCUGACCCUUCUCACCUUCUUCCUGGGGCAAAUCCUUACCCAAACCCAAGCGAUCCCCUUCCAGCCUGUCUUCUCCAGCAUAUUUGCCACCUUGCUCUCCCAGUUUUUCUGCUGGCUCUUUCUACUGCCUGCCCACACCCUCAAACCUCCCCGUCCCCCCAAAUGCAUCUCCUCCACUCCCACUCACCCCCAUCUACCUUCCUUUGGUGACUAAAGCCCUCAAGGCCAAAAAGUUUGUACCUCCACUUCCUUCUCAUUUUUAAUGCUGCAGUUUGACUUCUGACCUCAUCCUUCCAACCAAAUUCUGACGGUCUCUUUAUUGUCGGCAACCUCUGAUCCCAGCACUUGCCUUCUUAAGGUUGUCUUCUUUAGGCUUCCCAGACGUUCUUCCUUCAUUUUCCUGCCUGUCUGACCCUCAGUCUGCUUUACUGUUAACUGUGGGCUCUGUCCUGAACCUUGUCUCUGUACCGUUUCACUUGACCUCAGCUCCCAUGAUUCAAUGAUCUCUUCUGGAUGAUCCUCAGAUCUCUGUGUCCAGUGAUAACCUUAUUCUUGGCCUCCAGUCUCCCAUCUCCAACUGCCUGCCCUAGACAAUAAUUGUCUGGCUUUUAAAGCUACGUGAUCCAGACGUGAGAUGCUGUAACUCGGUCUCCUUGCAUUCCUCACCAUCUCCUGAUUCUCUGCGUUUUUACUGGUAUCCACCCCAUCCACUUUUAAGAUUCUUGGAAUUCUGAGCCUCCUCAUCUCCAUCUCUUUUCCUUGCUUCCUUUAAGACUCAGCUAGAAUCCCAACUCUCCUAAGAAGUUUUUCUUGAUUCCUCUAUAAAGCUAGAGGCUUCUGUUGAUUAUCUCCAACUUAUUCUGAAUUCAAAUCUGGCCUCAGACACUUCCUGUGUGGCUCUGGGCAAAUCACUGCAUCCUGUUUUCCUCAGUUUCCUCAUCUGUAAAAUGAGCUGGAGAAGGAAACUGCAAACCACUCCCGUAUCUCCCGAGAAAAUCCCAAAUGGGGUCAUGAAGAGUUGGAUGUGACUGAAGAGGCUGAACAAUAACCACCAUAAUCCUGUCUGUAUUUAGUUUGUGUGUAGAUGUUUGCAUGCUUUCUUCAUUAGACUGUGAGCUCCUUGAGAGCAGACAUUCGUGUUUUUGUCUUUGUGUCCCCAGGGCUUAGCACACUGACUGGCACACACUCGGUACUUAAUAAAUGCUUAUUGACUGGC